AUUCGAUAUCAUGGGUCUGAAUAUGAACCCAGUGCAGUUCACAAACCGCAAUCUCUUGAGGGUCCCUCGUCCCGCCCAUAUCACACCUCGACAUCGACAUGGCUCCGGCAGAGCAAAAGGCUCUCUUCAUCCUGUCGAAAGAGGGAGAGUACGCUGUUCGGGCCACACCCGUACCCAACCCUGGGCCCGGCGAGGUCCUCGUUCGGGUGGAGGCGACGGCGCUUAAUCCCGUCGAUUGGAAGAUAACGGCAUACACCUGGUUCCAAUACCCGGGGAUCCUCGGGACCGAUGGCGCUGGCGUUGUCGAAGAGAUUGGUGACGGCGUCACUCACCUCAGCAAGGGCGAUAAAAUCCUGUGGCAGGGUAUGUUCAAGAACGAUCGCGCGACGUUCCAGCAGUACGCGCUCCUCUCCGCUGAUCUCGCGGCGAAGAUCCCGGAGAACGUGAGCGUCGAUGAAGCUGCGUCCAUACCGCUCACGCUCGCAACCGCGUUCCUCGCGCUGUACAACAAGAAGAAGGUCGGGCAGGGCGGAGGCGCGGAGCUGACGCCCUUCUGGGAAUCAUCGACCGCCUACGCCGGCCAGCCGAUUGUCAUACUGGGAGGCGCCACUUCCGUUGGCCAGUUUGUCAUUCAGCUUGCCCGAUUGUCCGGGUUCUCCCCCAUCAUCACGACCGCAUCGGAAAAACACACCGUGUUCCUCCAAUCCCUCGGCGCAACGCACGUCCUCUCCCGCACAAUCUCUGCCGACGCUCUCCUCACCGAGGUCGCCAAGAUCACGUCACAGCCGGUCAAGGUUGUCUACGACGCCGUCAGCCUUGCUGACACGCAGAAAGCGGCGUGGUCGCUCCUCGCACCGGGCGGUCAGUUGCUCUUGGUCUUACCACCGGCUGAAGGCAUCGUUCACGGCACAGACGGAAAGGAACUCGUGGAGGUACUCGGGAACGUAAACUACCCUGGCCAGGAGGAAACGGGGCGGGAGCUGUAUGUGCGCCUCAGUCAGUUAUUGAGCGACGGCUCGAUCAAGCCGAAUCGCGUGCAAGUGCUCCCCAACGGGCUGGCGGGUAUCCCUGAGGGGCUGGAGUUGUUGCGCCACGACAAGGUCAGCGGUGUCAAGCUGAUCGCGCGUCCUCAGGAGACACCGUGAGAAUCAAGACCACCAUAGCAAACAGAAAGUCGUCGUCGUCGUCGGGAAAGUGUAUAUUAAGAUGAAUUUGUAACAAAGAUGUGUUUGACCUCUUACAACUGGAUCCGAGUCGCGACUUGCGCCUUACGCCGUCUUGCAAUCGAGGUCCUGCAUAACUGACGACCUGGGACCACGCAGCGCCCACCGGCAGUCGGACUCUAUACCUCUAAGUGUAACUGCUCCCUAUAUUGCGUGUCGGUACGCGUGUAAGAGUACAUAAUCCCUCAAUUCGAGUUCACGUUGACUGGAUACCGUUACUCAUGUGGUUUCUUGAGGAUGUGCAAUCAACUUGAUGCCGCCUACUUUCUCCUCCCGGAGCAGCUCCAACGCGUCUGGGAUUGCUGCAAGGCCGCCGGGGACCACUUGCACGCGGUUCGGCUUGAUUGACCCAUUUUGCAGCAGCUGGCUAAGGCGCGCGUAUAGCUCGCGCCCCGCCUCUUUUUCUCCAGGAAAGUUCACGUUGCCGAGCACGCGCACGAGGUCCUUGCCGUCCUUGUUGUGGACGAUGCCCUCAGUAGGCGGCAGCGCGAGGAUGAGCUGUCCGCCUUCGCCGAGCAGCGACCACCCAAAGUGUUGCGUGCCGGGGAUGGCGACGGCGUCGUAGACGAACUUGAUGGGGUGCGACGCGAUCUUGCGGAUCUCGGCGCGCAACGCGUCGUCAGAGAGCGAGCGAGCGAGAACGUGCGUCGCGCCGAGGGAUUUGAGAUAGUCCGUAUGCUUAUCGGACGCGGUAGUAAUGAUCGGGGAGAAUCCGGACAGGCGGGCGAACUGGAUGACGAAUUGGCCGGUGGAAGUGCUACCUCCAAGCACGACGAUCGGCUGGCCAGCGUAAGCCGUCGACGACUCCCAGAAGGGAGUCAGAGCCGCACCGCCGCCGUCCUCGGCCUUCUUGUUGUACAACCCCAAGAAGGCUGUGGCGAUCGUCAAAGGGAUGGAUGCCGCUUCGUCGACGGUGAUGUUGCCUGGGAUCUUGGCGGCGAGGUCGGCGGUGACAAGCGUGUAGUGUUGGAACGUCGCGCGAUCAGUCUGGCAUACGCCUUGCCAAAGUAUUUUAUCCCCCUUCUUCAGGUUCGUGACGCCCUCGCCAACUUCCUCGACGACGCCAGCCCCGUCAUGGCCCAAGAUCGCAGGAUACGUUACCCAAGUGAUCAAGUUCUGGUAGUUGUACUUGAUCUUCCAGUCUACCGGGUUGAGGGCCGCCGCGUCCACCCUGGCGAGGAUCUCGCCACGACCAGGAGAGGGCACGGCCGUACUUCGAACGGCGUAAUCGCCGCGUUCUGCCACGACGAAGAGGGCUUUCUGUUCUUAAAUGCAAAAUGGCACGGGGUAUGAACACCGUAUACGCCAUUGCGCGUGAACCUGCUACCACCGCAACAACGCUGACAAAGACGCUGUAGCUUGAUAUGUCAGCAGGAGACGACCCGUGCUGCCGUGCCGCGGUUCAUUGCGCGUGCAUGGAUACGAUUCGCGAACCCUGCGUCGACUGAUGGGCUUGGAAGCAUUUGUGAUCGGCAAAUCUACGUUGGAUUCAUGUUCGCCGCUACUGUCCUGCCUGAAAGAGGGAUAUCGACGUAUGGUGGAAACAGCAGAGAUUGAAAACUUCACCACUCAUCCUGUCCACGACAAGAAGACAUACGGAGUAGCAGAGUGCUGUGGUGCUAGUUUCCCUAAGUUCCGGGUGUUAGCUAGCCCCCGGGUCCGAUGCCAAUCCUACAACGAGUAAAAGUUUCGAGUACAAGGGAUAGUUCGAUGCCUAGCAUGAUCCCGGGGCAACGACAAUGUCCACUCUGUACAUCGCCUGGUUCGAGGCGUGGCGGACCGAUUUCCUUCAGCAACGACAUAACAUAUAAGACUCUGACGCAGUCGAUCUGAUGGAGUAGCUCAAAUAGCUAGUCGUCGCAAGAGUGCCGUGAUAUU